AGGCAUUUGAAAAGUUUGAAGGAAGGUCUGGUAAAUUUGUUAAGCUCAUCAUUUCCAUGGAGCAACCUCCGUUAAUUUCUCAGCGACGAGAUGAGCCGGAAUUCAGCCUCCGAGAAUGGGCGGCCAAGGCCAAAGUCGGCCGCGACACCACAAUUUCCCGGCGAUUCUCCGGCUCCUACAUCAGAAGCUUUCGAGAAGACGCGAGGUCGUUCCGAUCAAACAUCACCACCAUCACCAGCACCGCCUCCUCCCCCGGCUACCCUUUUGGAGAUGAAAUUGACCCAGCUACGUAUUCGUUCACCAACGCCAUCAAGGCACUGCAAGCCAGGUCGCUUAACAGUUGGGAAUGCUUUUCUCUUGAUGGGUUCACUUUGAAUUCCAAGUGGAACGAGGCCGAGAAAUAUAUAUGCAACCCACUUUCAGGGGAAGUUCCUAUGGAGUGUUUGUCUGCAAAAUCGCUUAGUGGAAGGUCGUUUAGGAACUUGACGAACAGAAUUGCAAUUUCUGCUCCUUUAGUUUAUUCAAAUCAUUCACAACAAAUCCAAACGAAGCCCUGUUCUAUUACACAAGUAGUUCAGAAACUCCCUGUUCCAGAGAAGAAAGUGGAUGCCAUGACCAGAGACGUGGGAACUCAAAGCACACCAUCGAAACUUGGUUCAGAUAGUCCUAGUCCUGCUUCCACACCUCCCAUUGUGGAGAGAGCGUUAAAGCGAUGCGAAUUGGAACAAGACUCGCCUAAUUCAAAUUCAGAAAUUACUCCAGAGGCAGAGGUGAUAAAAAGAGAAAUGAAAGAGGAGGAGGGACACACAGAAACAAUAAUAGCAGAAGAGAAGUGCAAGCAAGGGGGAUGCUUGUCAUGGAUGAAGAAGAAGCAGAAAGAGGAACAGAGAUCAAGAAGAUCAAAGAGGUUUCUUUCUCAUCUAAAACUAAAAGGGUGCUGAAAAAGGGGAGGGAUUGUAGAAAAUGGUGAAGAACAAGGAGGAGAUGGGAGAGAUCUGUAAUAAGGGCAAGGGAUAUAUCAUAAGGAUUAAGGGAUGGUUUGGUGUGAGAACUGAGAGUGGUCCUCCUAUUGGCUUUUGCCUCUAAGCCACUUCAUAAUU